GAGAAGCAAGAUGACAGCAAUCUGUAGGGGGGGAUUUUUGUCUUCUUUCAUCCUUAUCUCGUAUAUCGCGAUGACAACCUCAGUGAUGCUUGAUUUAACCGAACUGAAAAACAAAGUAUCCCAGCUCAAGGUGAAUCCCAGAGGAAAUCUUUGGGCAACAGGGCAUUUCAUGGGCAAGAAAAGUGUGGAUAGCUCCUUGCUGGAAAGUGUCUUCGAGAAUAUCGAUAUUCCAUCUGAAGACAGAGAUGUGAAUCCUGUGGCCAGAGUGGAAGAUGUGCAGGCACUGAUCACCAAGAGAAAGAGGAGAUCCAGCCUGAAGAAACCAACCUCUUACCUGUAACAAUCCGAGCACCAACUGAUGAAGAUCAGAGAUCUAUUAUUUUUUUGUCAAGUAAAAAAAAAGACUAAUUUAAGCAAGGUGUUCUGUUUUGUCUUGUAAUAUUUAUUGCGUUCCAUUCGUCUUUGUGUUUGUUAUUCAAAAUAUACCUGUUACCUUCUUAACAUGCUGUAUAUUUCUGUUUCAAUAAAAAGAGC